CGUGGCAAUGAUUCAUGUUUUUUUUAUUUUUAGUCAUCUAUUCAUCGUCCCUAUCUUUUCAUUUUUAACUUUUUCACUUUUUUCUUUAAAUACAUUCUUAUUUUUCUCUCUUUAUUUCCAUUCAGAUUUGCUAAUUUCUUUACAUUAUUACACAAUUAAAACUUCAAACUAAACCAAAAAAACAAAAAUGGCAUCAAUUUGUGGAAGCCACCAAACACUUGUACGACCUCAAAAACUCACCGACAUCCUUAUCCAUGGUGGAUUUUGUUCACCACCUUUCAUUUCUAUCAAAAACUCUACUUCUUUGCUUCCUAUACGAUGCCGUUUUAGCCAACCCCAAAGGAGGAAUUCCACUUAUUACAGGUCAAGAAGGGCAGGAAUGAGUAGCAAUUUGGAGGCAAUGACUACAACAACAGGUGCUCCAACAUCGGUACCAGUUCGUGUGGCUCACGAACUUCUUCUAGCUGGCCAUCGUUACUUGGAUGUUCGGACUCCUGAAGAGUUCAGUUCUGGUCAUGUUCCUGGUGCUGUAAACAUUCCUUAUAUGUUUCGUAUUGGUUCUGAAAUGACAAAGAACCCAGAAUUUGUAGAGCAAGUGUCAUCACAGUUUGACAAAGAUGAUGAAAUUCUUGUUGGUUGCCAAAUUGGAAAGAGAUCUCUUAUGGCUGCAAAUGAUCUUCAUGCUGCUGGUUUUACGGGAAUUGUUGAUGUUGCUGGCGGUUAUUCAGCCUGGACUCAAACUACGCUCCCAAAUGAAGUGUAGCAACGUUAGUUAAUUGGAAAUAACCUUGUACUGGAAUCGGAAAAUAUUGUGUAAAUACGUACUUUUUAAACAUGUACAUCUUUUGAAUAGCUUAUCUAUAAAAAAGCCUUGGGCUAAGAAAUGCACCAAAUGUAAGUUUACAAAAUUUGGCACUUGAAUCUUUUGAUUGUACCUUUCCUUGA